CGUGCGCGUCGGUUGAUCAGCAUUUUUCGAUUCAUUGGCACAAAGUAAAUAUUCAUAAGUCCUUCAGAAAUAGCGGAAUUCGGUUUAAGUGUUACAAAUUUCUAUAUUUUAUGCACUGUUCAAAGGAGUCGGUUGGAUAGUUGAACUUAUUUCAUUUGCUAAAACUUUUUCAAGGAUGGAAACACAAAACAACUUCGCUAGUAAUGGCGAUAUUCAGCGACAGCAACAGCAACAACAGCAGCCACAGACAUCAGCGACGACAGCAGACACAUCAACACAUUUUUCACAACGCAUUAAACGUGAAGCGAGCUGGCCUUCGGUGUUAUUUUACAUACACUUGAAUAUUCUUGGACUCUAUGGCAUCUUCGUAAUGUUUACGAGCGCCUCAUUCCUGACAAUUUUAUUCACCCUCACUUUGACUUUCUUGGGUAUUUUGGGUGCGACGGCUGGCGCUCACCGACUAUGGGCGCAUCAGACAUACACGGCUAGCACGUCUCUAAGGAUCUUCCUGAUGCUGUGCCAAACUUUGGCUGGUCAGGGAACUAUCUAUGGCUGGGUGCAAGCACAUCGUCUGCAUCACCAGAAAUUCCGCCAGGAAGAUGAUAUCUUCUACAGCGCACGCAACUUCAUGGCCGCCCAAGUGCAUGCCCAAAUUAUGAGUUACACCCCAGAACAACAACAACUACUUAACGAAGUAGAUAUGUCAGACAUCGAAGAGGACAAAAUCGUCAUGUUUCAAAAAAAGUAUUAUUGGGUAUUGUACUUUUUCCUGCACGUUUUACUGCCAGUCAAUGCGCCGCUAGAGUAUUGGGGUGAUUCAAUUGCUGCUUCCAUCUUUGUGACCUUUUCGCUGCGCUACCUAAUCGUUUUAAACGUUUGUUGGCUCAUUAACUCGGCGCAUUUCAUUUGGGGCCUGGACAAAAAUUUUAAACCUUCCGAUUCGAAUAGCGUAUUCUUUAUCACUAAAAGCUAUUGGCCUCAAUACCAUUACCUGCUGCCCAACGACUACCAGAGCGGCGAGUUUGGGGACUACGGAACUGAUUUUACCACAGCAAUUAUUCGGGUCUUCGCUGCACUGGACAUGGCAUCGGAUUUGCGUACCAUCAGUUCGGUGGCAGUGCGCAAGGGAUUGACUGCUGCGGUGGAAACAGGUCGACCGAUUGUGGAAUGCAUCCAAGAGCAGGCAGCGGAGGAGUUCAAUGAAAUGCCAAAGAAUCAUUUUCUGAACCGGGAGCGAUUUAUGUAGAAGAUUUUUUAUAACCUAAAAACUCAAGCUGCUCAGCUUUUUAAAUAUUACAAUACAUCUAAG